AGUUGUGUUGUGUUUCUGGCGGAAGCAGCAGAAGAAGAAGUCCUCAGCAGGGUGUGCUGGUUAAACUCUGUGGAUCGAUACCGUCAUCAAUAAACAUAUCGGUGACAUAUGUGCUCUGAAGGACCGGGCUGAGGUCUGAAGAUGUACUACUAUCGGUAUGAGAGCGCUGAGGUCAGCUGCUGCUACAAAUACCUCAUGUUCAGCUACAACAUCAUCUUCUGGCUGGCUGGAGUUGCCUUUAUUGCAGUUGGUUUCUGGGCGUGGAGUGAAAAGGGAGUCCUGUUGGAUUUGACCCAGGUGACCCGGCUGCAUGGUUUCGACCCAGUCUGGUUGGUCCUGGUGGUUGGCGGAGUCACCUUCAUCCUGGGCUUUGCCGGCUGUGUGGGAGCUCUGAGAGAAAACAUCUGUCUCCUGAAGUUUUUUUCCGGUGUGAUCGGCUUCAUCUUCGUCCUGGAGCUGACGGCUGCGGUACUGGCGGUGGUUUUUCAGAGUCAGGUCAGAGAGUGGAUCAACGACUUCUUCCUGGCAAACGUUAAAGGGUACAGAGACGACAUCGACCUGCAGAACCUCAUCGACUCUCUGCAGAGGAUGAACCACUGCUGUGGAGCUCAGGAACCAAACGACUGGAAUCUAAACGUUUAUUUUAGCUGUAACGGAACCCAUCGCAGCAGAGAGAAGUGUGGAGUUCCUUUCUCUUGCUGCAUCACUGAUCCUGCUGACUCUGUGGUGAACACUCAGUGUGGAUACGACGUGAGAAACAGACCGAAGAGAGAGUGGACUGAUCACAUCUACACUAAAGGCUGCAUCGCUGCUUUGGAGGAUUGGUUACCUGGAAACCUCUACACGGUGGCCAUCGUCUUCAUCGUCAUCUCUCUGCUGCAGAUGGUGGGGAUCUACCUGGCCAGGACUCUGAUCUCCGACAUCGAAAAGGUCAAUUUCAGCUACUGAGGCCGCACCCAUAUGGGGUGGGGCUUCUUACACAGGAGGCGUGGCCUCUGCCUGGGGACCUAGUUUCUUCAGAUGUGCCUUCUUCUUCAGUCACUCUGCUGUACCUGCCUUCACUUCCUGUCAUCAGUCAGAUGACCUUCUGAUAACCUUGUUGCUAUGGUUACUGAAAACAUGGCCUCCUGUUGAAUGUGCGACAGCAUGAAUCUGUCUUAUGUACUUUUUGAUGUUUUGUCUCUGAGAGCUUCUUCAUCCAACAGAAGACGAAGCUCUGCACCAGACUGCCUUCACUUUUCCUGCCAUUUAAGAAUGAACACACUUUGAUUCAAACUGCAGCUUACUGUUCAGUGCCUCCUUCAUCAUCAUCAUCAUCACCAUCAUCGUAUUCAUCGUCAUCAUCAUCACCAUCGUCAUCAUCAUCUUCAGGUUGAACUCAGGUCUUUUUUUGUGAGUCCUGAAUUGAUUCAGUUUACUGUGAUUUACUGGAGAAUAAGACAAAUGUAUGAUUGAUAAAUGACUGCAUGAAUAAAUUGAUUAUCAAAAUGUGAUCACUUAUUGAUUAGUGAUCAGUUAUUGAAAUAAUUCCAGAUUUAUUGAAUCGUUGCAGUCCCAAACGCCAUAAGAAGGAAACAAACAUUGAAACUUGUCUUUUAGAGGUGGGGCCAUCGAUGGCUCGGCCUCUCAUUGGAUAACUGAAGGUUCAGACCAAAGAAGAAGAAAAGGAGUAGAAGGGGAGUUCCUAUUCAAAUCCACGUAGCGACGUUAGCUUCCAUAUCUCACUGAGGUUCUUCGCCGACGACGGAAACGAAGCGUAGAGAGCAGAGUAACACUCACAGCGCAGGAAAGCACGUGGAAUUAGCACACUAGCUAACGAGCAGACAGCUGCCGUGCCUGUGCUUUAAUGCUAACGUUGCACUGGUGACAGAAAAAGAGCCAAUCAGUGGGCUGGUGACCGGGCGAACCCCCCCCCCAUAUCUUUGUCACAUGUUCGGUGAGAAGGUUCUGUUCCUACAAUCAGAACGACACAUCCUGAACACAGAGUCAGAAACCACAGAAGAACAAUCCGAGUUCAGCUGAAGGUCAUGUGAUCACGUGUUUGGUUGAAUAUGAAGACUUUAUGGAUACUGAAGCUUUGAAUGAAUAAAGUUUUUCUUUAAAUGUUUUGUAUGAAUAAAGAUUUUUGAGCCAAUGAGAACAAAGUAUUGUUUAAUCUUCUGCUUUAACCGAUUUUUUUUUUUUUUCUGUUAAUGAAUUCAUGAUUUAAUUGUAGUUUUUGUGUUUGAGUUUUAUUCUAAUGGGAUUCUUUUUUUUUAUAAAAGUGAAUUUUUUAUGUCUUUUUAUACUCAGCAUAAUAAAAAUGAAGUUUGGUCCGAGUGGUUCCCUUCUUUUUAUUG